CAUCGAUGAGUGCUCUAGACGGCAGGCAGCUACAUAUACCCCGUGCUCCUCGUUCCAUAGCUCACCAAGCAGCCCGAUCCACCAACUCCACUCCACUCCUGUGCCUCAGAGUUCAUCAAGUACUCGUCAGGUACCAGGUAAAAUGGAUGCCCAGAACAAGGAGGUCGCCGCCCUGGUCCACAAGAUCACCGGCCUCCACGCCGCCAUCGCCAAGCUGCCGUCCCUCAGCCCAUCCCCCGACGUCGACGCGCUCUUCACCGACCUGGUCACCGCGUGCGUCCCCCCGAGCCCCGUGGACGUGACCAAGCUCGGCCCGGAGGCGCAGGAGAUGCGGGAGGGCCUCAUCCGCCUCUGCUCCGAGGCCGAGGGGAAGCUGGAGGCGCACUACUCCGACAUGCUCGCCGCCUUCGACAACCCGCUCGACCACCUCGGCAUCUUCCCCUACUACAGCAACUACAUCAACCUCAGCAAGCUGGAGUACGAGCUCCUGGCGCGCUACGUGCCCGGCGGCAUCGCCCCGGCCCGCGUCGCCUUCAUCGGCUCCGGCCCGCUGCCGUUCAGCUCCUACGUCCUCGCCGCCCGCCACCUGCCCGACACCAUGUUCGACAACUACGACCUGUGCGGCGCGGCCAACGACCGCGCGAGCAAGCUGUUCCGCGCCGACAAGGACGUGGGCGCCCGCAUGUCGUUCCACACCGCCGACGUCGCGGACCUCGCCGGCGAGCUCGCCGCGUACGACGUCGUCUUCCUGGCCGCGCUCGUGGGCAUGGCUGCCGAGGACAAGGCCAAGGUGAUCGCGCACCUCGGCGCGCACAUGGCGGACGGGGCGGCCCUCGUCGUGCGCAGCGCGCACGGCGCGCGUGGGUUCCUGUACCCGAUCGUCGAUCCCCAGGACAUCGGCCGAGGCGGGUUCGAGGUGCUGGCCGUGUGUCACCCCGACGACGACGUGGUGAACUCCGUCAUCAUCGCACAGAAGUCCAAGGACAUGCAUGCCAAUGAACAUCGCAACGGGCGUGGUGGACAGUACGCGCGGGGCACGGUGCCGGUGGUGAGCCCGCCGUGCAGGUUCGGCGAGAUGGUGGCGGACGCGGCCCAGAAGAGAGAGGAGUUCGCCAACGCUGAAGUGGCCUUCUGAUCGUUGCGAGGUAAUGAAAAUGAAUGGCGUGCGCGGUCAUCAUCAGUACGUGGCUGCAUGAUCGCAGGCAAUCGUACGGGGUAGUUUUACUACUACUAUUAUCUAUGCAUUUCAUGUCAUGUGUUGUUUGUACCCAAUAAUGUAAAGUGUGAUGUUUACAAGCGCAUGUCUUGUCUAUGAAAAGGCAGGCUAGACCAGGAUAGUUUGCCAAGAAGCAAUAUGUGUCGUUGUAGGUGUAAGUGUUGAGAAUAAGACGAUUUUCCUUCACAAAUAGUAUGAUGUAAUCGGUGUCUUAUCCGUACCGAGUACAUUUGUGCAGUUGUCAA